AUGGCGACCUCGUCGCUGCUCUCCUCCAUGCGCGCAUUGUCGCUGGGCCACCACUCGUGCAAGUCCGCCGCCAGCACCGCCGCCGCGAGCACCAGCAUGAUGCUUCGCUCCGGCACCAGACAACAACCUGUCCGAGCCAUGUCACAGGCCAUUACGCGCGCGACGACGAGGCCCAAGACGAUCACUAGCACUGUUGCCUCCACGGCUGCAAAGGCCCUGCAGCCCAAGAUCCAGCAGCAGACGAGAGGCAUGAAGGUACACAGUUCGGUCAAGAGGCGAUGCGAGCACUGCAAGUGCUGGAUAUGA